AUGAACCGUUCCGUAGCAAGGCUGGCCUCCUUCUGUAAAGUGUUGUCUACAGCAAGGCAAGCCCAGUCCGUAAGAAUAAAAUACUUGAUGGUCAACCGUUUUAGACGUUUAAUUCGACACAUCUGCUCACUCACCGUUUUUUCCGGCAAAUAAACACACUAUCAUUUCCUGUUGUUCCGGUCAACCCGUGCCGCCGUUUCAGUCAUGGCCCGCCACUAACAAAACCUAUGAUCGAGGACAGAGUCCUACUUGUCCUACGCUUAUAUGACAAAGUUGACGGAGAAAAAGUAAGGCUCUACCGACUUCACAGUGUCACGCUUUUCAGUUGAACUUGAAGUCAGACUUGAAAAAGGAUUUUGGACUUGACAGCCUUGAUAUGGUGGAAGUCGUAAUGGCAAUGGAAGAAGAAUUCAUGUUCGAAAUCCCAGACUCAGAUGCCCAAAGGUUUAACAUGCCCCUGGACAUUGUUCAGUACAUUUGCGACAAACAUGAUAUAUACGACUAG